AUGGAUAAAAAAAAAUUCCUAAUUUUGAAGAAUUUCUGUGAUCGUACUGGGAAGAAUAUCGAGGAGCUUACUAGCAUCAUCAGGCCCAAAGAAAUGAAAGUCCGCAGCUGCUAUUCAGAGACCUUUCUACUCAGCAGUGAAGGGUUUCUAAACAUGAUUCUACUGGAUGCUAUCUUUAUACUUGAGCUCUUCCACUGGAAAUAUGAAUACUCAAAGGCUCAAGAAAAAGAUUCUGGAAACUCAAAGGCUCAUUAUGAAAUAGAUUAUAUAUUAAGCCGACCGUGCAUGGAACGCGGCAUACAGCAUGACCUGCUUCUACUUGAGAAUCAGCUCCCUUUCUUUGUUCUUAAGAAGUUAUACCAACAUGCGGAACCCAAUACAAGAAAAAAGACUGUUCUUGAACUCUCUUGUUGGUUUUUUGGUGAUGGUUGGAAGCUAGAGUCCAAGAACCGUUUUAAUGAUUUGGUGAGAUGUUUUUUUCCUCCACAAAACUCAUGCCCAAGCUCACCAAAGCAUUUCACAGAUUUGGUGAGAUAUUUUUUCCUUCCACUAGGCCCAAACCAAAGCUCACCAGAGCCCAGUGAAGAAAACCGAAAAGAAGGGCCCGAAGGAAAUAAAAAACACCUAAAUUUUACAGCAACAAAGCUUGACGAGGCAGGUUUGAAAUUCACUGCGCCACGUCCAGAAACAUAUUUACUUGAUAUAAAAUUCAGGCCGAAUAAAUGCUUAGAAAGCUUCCCGAUCUUCAAUCUCUCAUGGUUCUUGUCUUGCUUACCAUGCCUGAAAAGCACUUGCUUGGUCCAUAUGCAACGUUUCUUGGAAGUCCCACCCCUUCAGUUAGACGACAAAACCGAAGCUCUUUUCCGAAACCUGAUGGCCUUGGAGCAGUGCCAUUAUCCAGAUAAAACUUACAUCUGCGAUUACAUUGUGCUGUUGGAUGAUCUUAUCACAACUAAAGCAGAUGUAAGGUUGCUUGUUGAAAAGAAGAUCAUUGUUAACGAGUUAGGUUCCAGCGCUGCAGUGACGAAACUGGUUAACAACCUCGGCCUGGAGAUUGAAGAAAGGGGAAACCAUUACGCCGAGCUCUGUAAAGAGCUUAAUGAGUACUCAGAUAGCAUUUGCAAUCGUCUGGUGGGAACCUUGACUAAGGUGUAUUUCUCAGACUUUUUUAAAGGCUCUGCUACUGUUGUUGGAAUUAUUGUCCUGGGCCUCACUUUGUGGAAUUUCAACAGGCUCCUUAGAUCGAGUGAUAGAAAGUACUAG